AUGAUCGAGCUCGUCAAUGCCUACAUCGGCACCCCCUCCUCACAGCCGGCAGUACUAGCGCUCAAAGACAGGUCUCUCCUACUUUAUCCCACAGCAGAUUCUGUCGUUGUUCUCGAUGCACGCACCCUCGCGCUUGUUCGGAUCCUCGCCUUAUCUGACAUCUUUCCAUCAACGUUACAUGGCACAAGUCCCAUAUCGGCCGUGGCCAUUGACCCGGCCAUGAAGCUCGUCUUGGCGUCUAUGGACAACCAUCUCGCGGCGUGGUCUCUUUCGGGCGUGCAGCAGGAUACAUGGAGGGUGCAUUCUUCGCUCAGCCUACCCAAGAAUGUGCGGAUCUCUGCAAUAGACUGCCGAUCCGGUCUCUUGGCUCUCGCAUGUUCGGAUUCGCUCUCCGUAUACUCCUUGGUUCUAGAGAAUGACCUCUUGACGUGGUCCAAAAAGUGGGCAUCACGUGCCCCUAACCCUACUAUGGUGCACUUCUCUCCUUCGUUGCAAUACAUGGCGACCGUCACACAGCCAGACCGUCUAGUCCGCAUAUACCUUACCACGUCUGGUAGACCAGUACAGAUUAUACCCCAUCCCCGACCUGUUGUCAACAUCAACUGGAGGCAACCAGAACCGGACAGCAGAGACGACAUGGUCCUCUACACUGUCACACGAGACGCCGCUCUCCGUGUGUUCAUGCCCGUAUUGGAUGCGCCACAACAUCUUCAACUUCACGCGACAUUCGACAUGCAUUCCGCAUCCCAUCAUCUACCAACAAAGUCACUCUCAGAUAAUCUUACCUCCAGUGUCUUCUGGCUCGACCGGCUGGCCAUCGCCGAUGCAUUACAGAGUGCUCUCCGCAGUAGCGCUAAUGCCGAAGACGGGAAGACAAGACGAGCGCGAGAUAUACUUGAAGAAGGCUGGGACCUGUUUCUCCGGGUAUUCUCGGAUGGCCAAUUGGUCGUGAAAGCGCUUGCUAAUGUAAACUCGCGGCCACCUACACUCCUCAAGCAAUUCACUCUGCUACAGACACCAUUUCCAGCGUCAUCAUUACCCAAUUACCUCACCCUUCUCCCACAUACCAAACAGCGCGGGGCACUCACGCUCGUCACGUCUCCGCCCAUCACAUCUUUUUCUCUGUCGCCGCUCGAGUUCUUCGACGCUCGCGAAGAGGGCCUCACCGUAUCCGCAUUAUCCGUAUCAGACGUCCAGUUCAGCGGAUCGCACAUCACUCGCUUCGUGCGGACGCCCGAGGGCCACGGUGUGGCGGUACUGCGCGAGCAAGGCGGAGAAGCAUGGCGGAUACGGGAGAGGGGUACGAGGCUGGAGAAGACGGCCGCAUAUGACUCUGCCGAUCAAGUUAUCGUGCUCGACCAUGGCCGGACUCUCGCUACAUACUCAUCUGCCAAUGGGACUCUGAUGUUGCACUCGGAACCUCCUUGUACUCUGGACGUACCCGACAUCGUAUCGCUCUUCACAGAGCCGGCAUCAUCACCUGGCGGCCAUACAUGCAUAUAUGCGCUCACCUCUGCUCCGGCAUCCAUCCUUCAUAUCCACGCCGUACUCUCUCCUUCGCCGAGCCUAGUGCUACAAUCGCAAACACAGCUGCCAUUAGACAAGCCAGCAGCCCUAAUCGUCCGUGUCGAUCCGAUGGGAUGGAGUAGAGGUUCCAUUGGCGAGGGCGUCGUGCACGACGUGCUUCUCAGCGUGGGAGAGGAUGGGGAGCUCGGUUUCUGGGUGCCGGACGAGGGAUCAGGUGUUGGCGAUGACGUUGCUUCAAGGAGAAGGACGGGAUGGAAGCGGACUGGUAGUGUGCGGACUGGACGGACAGGCAUCACGAAGGCGGCGUGUAGCUCGGCAAAGAAGACUGUACUGGUUGUACCUGCAUUAGAUGGUGAAGAGCUCACAAUCUGGGACUCGAAAGAGUCGCAGUUCGCCUCUGGCCUGGAGUACGCCGUCACGCUCGACGCUUCAGAUCCCGUCAACGAUCUGGACUGGAGCGCGACGCCUGAUACGCAGAGCAUCCUCGCAGUGGGAUACGCACGACGCAUAGACAUUCUAUGUCAGCAGCGUGCAACAUACUUCGAAGACGAUCCGGGCUGGGCAGUUGUCAAGCAGAUUAGUCUGGAAGGCAUCCUCCCGCACCCUAUCAGCGACUCAAUAUGGCUCGCGAAUGGUUCAUUACUCGUGGGAGCAGGGCAUCAAAUGUUGCUGUACGGUCAAGCACAUAAGGAGAGCAGCAAAGAGGACGAGUCUCUGUUCGAGGUUGUCGCGCGACGCAACGGCCCGUUGGUGGACUAUCAUCCGCAAAUGCUCCUACAAUGUCUGCUGUGGGAGAAACUUGAACUCGUGAAGCAGAUCAUCUGCAAUCUAGCCAAGGAUGUCGAACGGUACCGGGGGUGGGAGCGGGUUCCGGAGCUGCAGGAAGGGCCAUUCGAGUGGACAUCUGUGGGUGUUGAGGCUAUGCUGCAAAGAACCGACGGAGGAGAUAGUAGAGCUGGGUUCAAUGGCGCAUCAGGAAGACAGAAGCGCGACUUCCUGUUCGACGCAGUCGAUAGCUACGCAGAGCCGGAAGACACCGGGUUUUCCCGCUUGCUCGUGGAGAAACUCAUCGAACACUUGGAAGAGCAUCCGUUGCCGCAUCUUACCCCGAAUGAACAUGCCCAUCUACUCGUGCUCGUUCAAACGACUCUCGAGGUGGACGAAUCUCGACGAGCACUCGACGCCAACGGCCUACGUUACCUUAUCUCCAUGCGCUCCUUCUACAUCCUGAAUGCGCGAGCGACAUCGCCUGCCAGCCCCGAACCACGUGAGAGCGGCGUCAUCGCACGACGAGGCGGUUGGCGAGAGCGGCUACGAUACCGUGACAUCGUCUGGGCCUAUCACUCGGAGAGCCAAGGUCUACUCAUGGCCUCCGCCUCUUCUGCAUGCGACAACAAGAUGACGUGGGCCGAUGCUCGAGCACUGGGCGUAUUCAUGUGGUCGCAGUCACUCGACGCCAUGAAGGUGCAAAUGGAGGUCGUUGCUCGAAACGAGUAUAUGGCAGGGGAUGCCCGCGAUCCUGUCGCGUGCAGCCUGUUCUACUUCGUUGUUGGAAAGCACAAGCUCGUACAUGGGCUGUGGAGACAAGCCUCGUGGCAUCGCGAGCAACAACCGAUGCUGAAGUUCCUCAACAACGACUUCACACAGGCGCGUUGGAGGACAGCGGCGAACAAAAACGCGUAUGCGUUGUUGAGUAAACGGCGCUUCGAGUAUGCGGCCGCGUUCUUCCUCCUCGGCGGAAGCCUCAGAGACGCCGUACAAGUAUGCUUGCGGAACCUGGACGACUUCCAGCUUGCUGUGGCGCUUGCACGUAUACAUGAGGGUGGCGAUGACGGUCCAAUUCUUAAGAUGAUCCUCACUACCAAGGUCAUACCAGAGGCCUUCCGCACGGGAAACCGGUACUUGGGAAGCUGGGCUUUCUGGCUGUUGCAUCGUCGCGAUCUCGCUGUUCGCAUCCUCGUCACACCACUUCAGGAUAUAGCGAGCACUCUCAGCCCUCCCAUUGUCGAAAUCGGCAGCCCUCACUACGACGACCCGUCGCUCGCGUUGCUGUUCUCACAACUCAAAGCGAAGACCCUGCAGGCAGCGCAAGGCACCAGUGAAAUCUCAGGACGCGUCGAGUUCAGCUUUGUGCUGCAGAUUGCUCGCGUCUUCGUGCGGAUGGGCUGCCAUGCUCUUGCGCUCGACCUUGUAAGGUCAUGGUCGUUCGAUCGUCCAUCCACCAUCUCUCGAGACACGACACGGCCGACCAUGCCACCGAGCCCAACUGCUUCCCGCUUUGCUCUUGAGCCCGCAUUGCGUCGGCGCGCGAGCAUCAUGAUCGACAUGGACGUCGAAACUGCGCCGCCCACCCGACGUCCGUCUCCCACUCGCGAGCUAUCACCUGUGCGGGAGGCUUCCCCUCUGGAGGAAAUCCCCAAGUCACAGGCGCCCGACGGCGAUCUUGUGCAACGCAAAGCAGGCAUCGGGAGCUUGAUGAAGGCUGCGAAACAGAAUGUACAAGUUGCUGAGUUUGAUAUGGGCGCUUUCGGGUUCUAG